AUGACUGUACAGCUGAUUCUGCUCCCUGCAUGGUUCCAGCUUGUCAUCUUGGCUGUUUACGCAAAUCCAGCAUCUUCAGACUGUCAUCAGAUGUUCAGAAGCAGACUGAAGAAAUCAGGAACAUUUGCAUCUCCUGGAUUUCCUUCUCACUAUCCAGAACUAGUGUCCUGUCGGUACAUCUUCGAAGCUGUUGGAGAUGAACGGAUUAAAAUUAAGUUUGAUUACUUUGAACUUGAAGGAAAUACAGAUGCUGGAUGUCAGUUUGAUUUUGUUGACAUUUUUGGAGUGGACCACAUGGGCUUCAAGACAUUGAUGAAUCGAUUCUGUGGAGCUGAAAUGCCCCCUCCCAUCAUAUCAAUUCAACCAAAAGUAGAAAUGUUUUUUAAAUCUGAUUAUACCAAAAGUCUGCGAGGAUUCCUUGGACACUAUGAAUUUCUAAAUGAUGCCUGGCAGCCAUUUGGACCUCCAGACAAAAUAUGUGGACCUGAGGUUGUCCAUGGCAUGGGUGGUGUCAUUACAUCCCCACAUUUUCCUGCUCCUUUCCCAGGAAAUAUCCAGUGUACUUGGCUAAUAAAAGUGGAGAGUAAAUACAAAAUUCUCCUCAACUUUGUAUUCCUGGAUAUCAAAAAUACCGGCUGGAAUACACUUCGUGACAAUGAUGGGCUUCAACCCUUAUCUCCAAGCGAGCCAAGGAAAUCAUCAUUUUUGACAGCUUCCCAGGGGGAUUACUGUGAAGAGGCUGGCCUAUCAAUUUAUGAUGGAUUUGCUGACCCAUCAACAAUGCCAGCAGAAAAUGUUUGUGGUCGCCUUUAUGCUGACCAUGGGGGACAAAAAGAGUUUGUUUCAAGGUCCUCAAGGAUUACCUUGAGAUUUAUUGCUGGCCAUAGCAAUCAAAACAAAGAUGGUGGUUUUAAGCUGGCUUGGUCAGCUGUCCGGACAGCUGAAGAUGGUCCCUGCUCAGGAUUUUUGUGCCAAGGAAGUGAAAGUUGCACAAGCAGUGGCAAAGCUGACUGUGAUAACAUUCCACAGUAUUGCAUCGACAGUUCAUUGCGAUGCAACAAAAUACCAAACUGUGCAGCCCUAGAUAAUAGUGAUGAAAAAAACUGUUUAGAAGAAAUUCUUCUAAUAACAGCCUGUGUUGUGGCACCUCUAAUAUUUGUUCUUCUACUAACAGUCAUCAUAGUAUACUGCUAUCGAAGACGGCGUUUCCAAAAAUCAUCUUCCCAAAGUCAACAGUUGACUUCACACCUACCCCCACUAGAUCAGAGUCCUCUUUCACGCCGACACUGUGUUAUGCAGACCUCCUUCAUUGAUGGCAGUCAAGGAGAGGAUGAUGAUGGAAUUGGUUCUUCCACAGAAGAAUAUUGCAACAAUCCCAACAGCAAAAAUAAGGCUGCUUACCAACUAAUGAAACGAGCUACUAUCAAUGACAGCCAUGUUGUCGUGGCUGAUAUAUGA